ACGCGCAGUGACCUCCGCGACACGCAGAGCCGGGAAGGCGGACACGACAGGGCACUGUCACACAGCCACGUACAGCCCUUCUUCCGUUUACGGGAGGGACACCCGCGGGAUGCCGCCCCCUCCCCUGACCGCUGCCCGGCAUGGGAAGCCAGGCGGCUCCCGCGGUUCCCGGUGUGCCCGGAGCUGCCGCUCCUUAGAGCUCCCAGCCAGCGGAGUCAGGCGGCCUUGCCAGCGCAAGGACGGGCGAAACGCGCAAGGCGAAACACACGUGUCUUUGCCGUGCUAGGCAAAGAAAAACCCUUCCAUAAAAAAGGAGUUGUUGUCUUUCAGACAGCUAAGGCUAGAUUUAUUACAUUUAAAUAGCGUAAGAGAAUGAAGGAGGAUACCAACUACACCAUGUGUUUAGCAGAGCAAGGUCAUAAUUUCCUUAAAACAAGCUGCUGUUCCAUUGCUGAGAUACUGUUACUUAAUUUUAUAAAUCAGUAGCUCUCAAAGACAAGCCAGGCUCUUCUGAAUGGAAAAUAAAUUUAAUUAUUCAGAAUGGAGCAGUGAUGCCCAGAUUGCAGACCAAGUCUGCCGUGCAUGUUCCAGAGCUGCUUUGUGAAACCAUUAAAAAAAAUAAGGACAUCAUGGCUUUUUUGUGGCUGCACUGAUGAUGCACAAAGAUACUUGGGUGUUGACAGUGGGUGUUCAGUCAUAGAUAGGGCUGUUGUCACAGCCAGACAAAAAGCUGUUUUUACUGGGCAGAGGCAGAGCCCAGGGCAGGAAGGGAAGGUAGCUCUACCAGCUGGUUUUAGGCUGCUGUGGAAAUCAUGUUACUACUCUUCCUGUGCCCUGUGGCCUGCUUGAGUUCUGGAUCUAGGUAGCAAACAGCUGUUAUCAGACUGCCCUGUUCAUGAACUCUGGCUCCUUCUUCAAGUGGUUUGUAUGGACAUUGUCCCUGCUGAGGUAUGAUAUCCAUCCCAGGCUCCAGACUUUUCAGACUGUUUAUUCACAGGCAAGUCAUUUUACUUGUUCCUGUGCCAACACUGCUUAGAAUUAUAAAUAGCUUUUUAUCCUUGCUGAUGGUUUACACCUUUUCCAUGUGUAUUUAUGCACAUGGAUGCAUGUUUACACCAUGUCAUAUAUGUGUGUGUGUGUAUGUGUAUGCAUGCAUGUAUUUAUAGAGCAGAGUCACAUUCCCUCCUGGGCAAAAAAGGUCUCACUCUUGCCAACUCCUCUGGUAUGAUGUUUGGUUUCCUGCAUCAUCCUUGGCUUUUCCUGUAAUUGCUGCCUUUAAAAAAAAAAAAAAAAAAAAAAGGAAAACUGCAGAGAAUACUCACAGUUUGCUCUUUAUUUCCAAAGUUUUUUGCAGCUGUUAGAAAAUGGAUGAUUUCUGAAGGUCUGAACAAAAUGCAAAUAAUGGGCAGCUGCAGCAGAAUUGCCAGGGGGAUUUCAUGAACCGGGGAAGAAUGGGAAAAAAUCCAAUGGAAGAAAUGUCUCAAAGAUGAAUGUCAGUAGUCUUCAAGCACGGAAUGACUGCCUUAUGCACAAUGAAAUAUUUAUGUCAAGCGGCCAGAAAUGAGAGCAGAUACGCAAAAAGGUUCUUUGGUACUCUUCUGCCACAGACAGCACAAAAGUGGCUCUUUUCUCCAUUCUGGAUAGCGGUACCUGACCCUAGGAAGUCAGCUGUGUUUGGGCUUACUCAGCCAUAUUGUACAGGUGAAAAAUCUCACACACAACCAAAAAGUAAAGCGGCAUUUGGAAGCGUUGGGCGAAGAAUUCCCUAUCGUAUUUUACACGUAAUCAACCAGGAUGGGGAGAGCUUAGGAAACAUGCACCGAGCAGAGGCACUCAGACUUAUGGAUGAGCAUGGCCUGAAACUGGUUCUGCUUCGUGAGAACGUAGAACCUCCAGUUUACAGACUGAUGACUGGGCAGCAGAUUCAUGAAGAGCAGCUUAAACGUGCAGAGAAGAAAAAAGCAAGUCCAAAGCAAGGGGUGGUGCAGAAGGAGUUGUCCUUUUCUUCAGCUAUUGCCAAGAACGACUUAGAGACCAAGACUAAACAGAUAGCACAGUGGAUUGACAAGAGACACCAUGUUAAGGUUACCAUCCGGCAAGCCAAGGGCAGCAGUACAGACAUGUUCAUGCUUUUUGAUCAAAUUUUGGAGACUGUGUCUGAGAAAGCAACUUACCUUUCCAAGCCAAAAGUUGCUAGAGAAGGAGUGAGUACCUGCAUUUUCAGGCACAUGUCUGACAAAGAGUUGAAAGAACACCAGAAGAUGGAAAUCAAGAAAAACAAUACAGUAAAGAAAGAUGAAAACCAAGAUCUGAAGUCAAAUGAGUUGCAUCAAUGACUUUCUGAAGCAGUGUAAACAAUAUAUAUUUAUUUAAAAAAUAAAAUUUUAAAAAAUUAACUUUA